CCUUUCCUGUAUUAUUUCGCCACUGUUGUUGUGACAGUCUUGAUACGGCAGUUUGCAUUAACAAAUAGUCCAUUGAUCGUAAUUUUUAUCGUUUACGUGACACAAGAUGAAGUUUUUGAUAUUGACAGUUGCAGUACUAGGGGUGGCAAUUGCACAAGAACCAGUUCCCCAAGGACGUAAUAAUUACAAAAGAGAUGACAGGGAAUUGAACAUUGACGACAGGCGUACCACUACCACACCAAUUCCUAUUAUCGAAUGGCACAAGCAGCAAGAACAUGAUGGCACUUAUCGAGCGGGCUAUGAAACUGGAAACAACAUCAUCGCCGAGGAGAGUGGCUAUAUCAAGAGUUUUGGCGAAGGCGAGGAUAAAAGCGAGGCACUGGUGCAGCAGGGUAGUUAUAGUUACAUUAGUCCUGAGGGUCAACUAAUCACAGUUCACUAUACGGCUGACGAGACCGGCUUCCAUGCAACUGGAGAUCAUAUUCCAACUCCUCCUCCAGUCAGUGAAGAAAUUCAAAAAGGAUUGGACCUCAUCUAUGCCGGCAUCCGUCAGCAGCAGGAAGCAGCUAGUCAAGAGAUCGCAGAAAAGGAGCGAUUGAACGAAAAUCAACAAAUCGACAAACGAAUUGAGGGACACACGAGUUACCGUCAAUAAUCAAAAUUUCAACAAGGUCAAAUGCCAAAAGGGAUACAAAUUUCAGUGCAGUCUUAUAUAAUCUCAUAUUUUACCAUAGCUGUUUUGUAAAAUACUAAACGACACGUAAAUCUUAAAGUCAUCUUUAAGAUUUAUAAAAGACAACCUCUGCUGCACAGACGUCAUAAAGAGGACUUUCGGACAGUAUGGGCGCAAUCACACUCGUCAAACGCGAAGUGUCGCCCAAUGGUACAACGGAUCAAGAGGAAUUCACGUUAUGCUAUUGCUCCAGAGUUGCAUUCGAACGCGCGUUUGACGAGUGUGAUGAGUCCUACAUUGUUAUUUAAGCAUGUAAUUCACCAAACACAUAUAUACAUAUGCAUAUUACAAUAUGUGCGCCGCUGAUAAAACUAUAAAACCAUAUACCAAUUCUUAUUAAUGUUUUAUAUUUUAGCGUUUAUUAUUAAUAAUAUUAUGGACAUUCCGACUGGGAAAACAUUUUUAUAAAAAUAUUCUAAGAGUCGACCACAUAAGCAGUCUUGUAACAGAUUUCAAAAUUCAUGUAAUAUGAAAAUUAAAUUUGCAAGCUGGUAAAAA